AAAUAUAACUAACACAACCCAUUCUUUCUUUGAAAUUGUCAGCCUCAACCAAAGUAGUAAUAUAUCAAACACAUAAAUAUAUAAAAAAAAAAAAUUUGUACACGACAAAUGAUAAAGCUCCAAAUACAGAAAAAUAGAACGACAUUCAGUUCUAUGAAUCUCUUCCAAUUCUAUCAAUUAACUUCAUGGCUGUGAUAUAUCUUCAGCCAUUUUCAAUCCUAGUUUUCUUCUCUGUGUUUUUGUUCAUUCCAUUCUCUCAUUGCCAAUACGGUUCUCCACAAAACAUUGAAACUUUCUUUCCAUAUGAUCUAUCUCCUUCCCCACAACCAGGUUUUCCCACCACCCCAUCAAGCGCUCCUCCCCCUCCAUUGCCAUCACUUCCGACAUCACCGACGCCACCACCACAAAACUCAUCAUCCACAAGAAAUAAGAUUGUGAGGGCUGUAGCUAUCACGGCAGCCGGGACUCUGGCUCUGUCUGUGCUUCUCUUCUUUAUAAUCCAAAGGCGCGUCGCGGAAAAGCGCGAAAGAGAGGAAGAUAUUAGUGCUAAUUUGGAUCAUGGUCAGCAGCCUGCAGCAGGGGCAGGCAAUGAAGUGAAAGAUUUGGAUGGGAGUCUUAAAGGUUACAUUGUGGAUGAAGAUGGUUUGGAUGUGCUUUAUUGGAGGAAACUUGAAGGGAAAAGCUCCAAGAAAAGUUUCAAGAAAGACGCAUUACAUAAUUCAAGGAAUGAGGAACAAGAAGAAGGGGUAGAAAUAAAUGAACGUCGACAAAGAAAGUCUGAACCUAUACAAGAAGUUCCUCUUCUCCGAGGAAAGUCUUCAACUUCCCAGGUCAUACUUGUAGAAGAAGUAAACGAUUCGGAUGAUGAUUCAGAUCAAUUUAGUCCUUCUUAUCCUCGUCCUGUUGUGUUUGGAAUCAAGGAUGAUGCAAAGCCAGAAGAUUUGAUUCAAAUAUCAACUCCACCCCCAUCUCCUUCCCCACCAUCCUCACCUAAACCGCUUCCCCUAUAUGCAAAAAGCCCUGCACGGCCUCCUCCUCCGCCUCCUCCACCAAUCCUAGCGAAUAAGAAUCUUGCACCGCCACCACCGCCACCACUUAAGGCAGGUGGUUUGAAAUCAUCAUCUAACGUGCCCCCGGCUCCUAAUGCCAAGCCGGGUCACAGUAAAUCAGGAGAGUCUUCAUCUGGGACAGGAAAUGGCCAUGUCAAGAUGAAGCCUUUGCAUUGGGAUAAGGUGAACACCAACACAGAUCAUUCCAUGGUGUGGGACAAAAUUGAUGGUGGUUCUUUUAGGUUUGAUGGAGAUCUUAUGGAAGCCCUCUUUGGCUAUGUUGCCACCAGCCGGAACUCGCCUCAACGAAACAAUAAUUCAACGGAUGGAAGCUCACAAGUGGUUAUCCUUGAUCCUAAAAAGUCUCAAAACAUUGCAAUUGUUGUGAAAUCUCUGGCCAUUUCUCAAGAAGAAUUUCUUGAUGCGCUUACUGAGGGCCAAGGCCUAAAUGCAGAUGCUAUUGAAAAGCUGGCCAGAGUUGCCCCAACUGAGGAAGAACAAUCAAAAAUUCUAGAAUUUGAUGGAGACCCCAGAAGACUGGCUGCUGCUGAAUCCUUCCUUUACCGCCUCCUGAAAGCUGUUCCAUCAAGUUUUACUCGUCUUAAUGCUAUGCUUUUCAGAUUGAAUUAUGACUCAGAGAUUCUAAACCUGAAGGAAUCUAUACAAACACUUGAAUUGGGUUGCAAGGAACUUAGAACACGAGGGCUGUUUAUGAAACUUCUAGAGGCAAUCCUCAAGGCUGGCAAUCGUAUGAAUGCAGGUACUACCCGAGGGAAUGCUGAAGCCUUCAACCUUAAUGCUCUUCGGAAGCUCUCUGAUGUUAAAAGCAUAGAUGGAAAAACUACUUUACUCCAUUUUGUUGUGGAAGAAGUAAUCCGGUCUGAGGGAAAACGGUGUGUUCUGAAUAGGGAUCGUAGCAUGGGUCGUAACAUGAGUCGUAGUAGCAGCCAUAGCAGCACCAGCAGUACCAGCUCAAAUUCUGAGAGUUUAACACUGAAGGAGGAAAGAGAGAAGGAAUUUAAAAUUCUGGGAUUACCAAUGGUAGGUGGCCUCAGUUCCGAGUUCUCUAAUGUAAAGAAAGCAGCCAGUAUAGAUUACGACACCUUUGCUGGCACAAUCUCGGCUCUCACAGCCCAUACAGCAGAAAUUAAAGCACUUUUGUCCCAAUGUGGCAAUGAUAGAAGUGGAGGAGGGUUUGUAAGAGAGAUGAAAGGUUUUCUUGAAGCAGCUGAGGAAGAACUAAAGGUGCUGAGAGAGGAACAAACAAUGGUAAUGAAGCUUGUACAGAAAACAACAGAAUAUUAUCAAUCAGGAGCUUCAAAGGACAAAGGAGCACCCCCACUUCUACUAUUUGUUAUAGUUAAAAAUUUUCUUGAUAUGGUAGAUAUGGCAUGCAUUGAAAUUGCUAGAAACCUGCAGAAGAAGAAGUCAGCAACUACUGUGGGACCAUCAUCGCCACAUUCAAGGAUCUCAGUGAGGUUCCCAAACUUGCCUGAAAAUUUCAUGUCUGAGAAGUCAAGAGGCAGUUCUAGUGAAUUAGAUGAUUUUUAAAUUAGGCCUUCAUCAGUAAAGGAUUUUUUUUUUUUUUUGGGGUAUAGGUAUAGUAGCAGGAUUUCGUUGUAUAUAGAUGUAAUUCAAAUCAAAUGAUAUGAAUUGUGAAAUGAAUAGCCUAAUUCUUUU